AUGGCCGGAAAAGGAAAGGGAACGGCGAUCGGUGUCGAUCUAGGAACAACUUACUCUUGUGUGGCCGUGUGGAAACACGACAGAGUGGAGGUCAUAUUCAAUGAUCAGGGGAACAGAACGACACCGUCUUACGUAGCGUUCACAGAAACAGAGCGUCUGAUUGGUGACGCUGCUAAGAACCAAGCCGCUAGGAACCCAAUUAACACCAUUUUUGGUGCCAAGAGGUUGAUUGGUAGGAGAUACAGUGACGCUUCAGUUCAGAGUGAUAUCAAGCUCUGGCCAUUCGAAGUCAUCCCCAGGACUGGAGACAAGCCCAUGAUUUGUGCUAACUACAAUGGUGAAAAGAAGCUGUUUUCUGCUGAGGAGAUAUCUUCUAUGGUUCUCAUUAAGAUGCGUGAGAUUGCUGAGGCUUACCUUGACUCAACUGUUAAGAACGCAGUCGUCACUGUCCCAGCUUACUUCAAUGACUCUCAGCGUCAAGCUACAAAGGAUGCCGGUGUUAUUGCUGGACUCAAUGUUAUGCGUAUUAUCAGUGAACCCACUGCUGCAGCCAUUGCUUAUGGUCUUGACAAGGAGGCCACCAGCGUUGGUAAGAAGAAUGUGUUGAUCUUUGAUCUGGGUGGUGGGACUUUUGAUGUGUCUUUGCUUACCAUUGAAGAGAAUAUCUUUGAAGUCAAGGCCACUGCUGGAGACACUUAUCUUGGUGGUGAGGAUUUUGAUAACAGAAUGGUUAAUCACUUUGUUGAGGAGUUCAAGAGAAAGAACAAGAUGGAUAUUAGUGGAGACGCCCGGGCUCUUGGGAGAUUGAGGCCAGCUUGUGAGAGAGCUAAGAGGACCCUUUCAUCUACUGCUCAGACAACAAUUGAAAUUGAUUCAUUGUAUGGGGUUACUGAUUUCUAUUCAACCAUUACUCGUGCCAGAUUUGAGGACCUUAACAUGGAUCUCUUUAGAAAGUGUAUGGAGCCCGUUGAGACGUGUCUGAGAGACGCUAAGAUGGACAAGAGCACUGUCCAUGAUGUUGUGCUUGUUGGUGGUUCAACUAGGAUUCCAAAAGUGCAACAGCUUUUGCAAGACUUCUUCAAUGGAAAGGAGCUUUGCAAGAAUAUUCAUGCGGAUGAGGCUGUUGCAUAUGGUGCUGCUGUUCAGGCUGCCAUCUUGAGUGGAGAGGGCAACGAGAAGGUGCAGGACUUGUUGCUUGUGGAUGUUACCCCCCUGUCCCUUGGGUUGGAAACUACAGGAAGCGUCAUGACUGUUUUGAUCCCAAGAAACACAAUUAUACCUAUUAAGAAGGAACGAGUAUUUUCUACCAAAUCAGACAACCAACCCUCUGUCCUGAUUCAAAUCUAUGAGGGUGAGAGAACAAGAACCAGGGAUAACAACUUGUUGGGAAAAUUUAGGUUCUCUGGCAUUGCUCCAGCCCUGAGGGGUGUUCCUCAGAUCACGGUUUGCUUUGAUAUUGAUGCAAAUGGUAUCUUAAAUGUCUCAGCUGAGGACAAGACAACCGGCCAGAAGAACAAGAUCACAAUCACCAAUGACAAGGGUAGGUUGUCUACGGACCAAAUAGAGAAGAUGGUUCAGGAGGCUUCAAACUACAAGGCAGAAGAUGAAGAGCACAAGAAGAAAGUUGAGGCCAAGAAUGCCUUGGAGAAUUAUGCUUUCAACCUGAGGAACAGUCUCUGGGAUGAGAAGAUUGAUUACAAGCUUGACGCAGCUGAUAAGAAGAAACUUGAGGAUGCCAUCGUAGAAGCCAUUCAACUGUAUGGCAAUGAGCUUGCCGAGGUAGAUGAGUUCGAGGAUAAGAUGUAGGAGUUGGAGAGCAUCUGCAUUCCAAUUAUUGCUAAGAUGUAUCAAGGUGCUGAAGCUGACAUGGGUGAUGCCACAGCUGAC